GAUUCUAUCCCUGUGUUUUUCGGUGGCUCACAGGUGCUGAACGUCUUAGACCUUCCCAGAUCCAUACGGCAGUCAAGAUAGCUUUGGUCUCAACUCCGGACUUCGACUAUUAGCGAGCGAAAGGCCUGAUAUCCGCUCCUAAGACCUUUAAGACCAUGGCCGAAUUCAUGGAGAAUCUCUGGAACUCCAUCUUCACCCCCGGCCCAACACCAUCGCUCCUCAUCGCUACGAAUGUCACCUUCGCCACCCUUCAGACCCUCCUCCUUGUCCUUCUCAUCGCAACUCGAAGCUGGCACUUCGUUGCUCUAAGUACCAUCUCUGGUGGACUGUGGUGGGCGAUCAACUGGUUCGCGCGCGAACUCGCAGUAGAACGAGCGAAAGAAGAGGAGCAGAAGCGAAAGCAGCGCGAGGAGCAGGCGUUGAAAGGCGAGCAUGACGAUGGGGAGGACGCGGGCGAUGACACGCAUACCGAGACAGAGACCGAGACUGAGCUGGACGCAUCACCACGUGUCUCGAAAAGGAGAGUGGCGGCAGAGGGGUCGGAUUCUCCCCGGUCGAAGUUGUCGGGAUAUACAGGGAGCUCGAUCAGCCUGUCCACGGAAGGUUCGGACGCGGAAAUGGUUCAUAAGCCUUCGCAAUCCGGGGCUGCGGUGGCCACGGGCUCGCACCAAUUCCUCUCACCCAGUGCAACGCAGCUUCACAAGCGCAGGAACGACGAUUACAGCGAACUAAGUACAGAUAGCGAAUGGGAGAAGGUGGACGACAAGGCAUCGACAUGAUUAGAUGCUCGGUCUUGGCAGCAUCUUAGAGACAGCUUUUGAUACCCUUAGAUAUCCUGUUCAUAG